AUGACUGAUUAUAGAUUUAUAUAUUUUGUAGGUAACGUCUGGACCGAGAAACCUUCUAUUUUCCAGAAUGGACUCGAAGAAUUACUGAAGCAAAGCCCUGAUGGUUGUUUCGUUUUGAACAAUAAACAUAAAUUAGACAACAACUGUCGUCAGAAGUUAGUCAAACUCAUAAUUGACUACCUGUUUCAAGAUCAGUACAAACAUAGAUUUCCUGGUAUUUUACUUGAAGCUGCUGAGGAAAUUGUCAGAUUGUUUCCUGCUGAGAGAACUACAUCUUAUUUCAUUCCAUAUUCUCAGCAACCCAAAGGUCCUAAUCAACGGAAAUCUCCUGCUAGAGGGAAGCUUUAUUCCAGAUAUGCUAACAUAAAAAGAGCCUUAACUCUGUCUAUGGCUGGAACUGAACAGGGCAAAGUGUCUUUACCGCAAUCACACAUUAUCAGCGAGAAAGAGAAAGCAAGCUAUAUUGCCGUUCAGCAAUCUGGUAAUUCUUACGACGAUACUCUGAUGAACUGGAAACUAUCAUUCAGAGUUAGACAAUCUAAGCUGAAGACAUUUGAAACGCCGCUUGCUUACUUCAAUGCAUUUCCGGCUUUGAGACAGCCUUUUGGCUACCAUCUGCUCACGAAUGAUUUCGGAAUGAAAUAUCCUCACGCUAAAGAUAUAUCUUUGCAUAAAAUUUGGCCAAGAAUCGGUUCAAUAAUCAUCGAUCUCCUGAAGAAGAGACAGAGUCAACUACCUGAUUUGGCAUGUUUGCCACUAGAUAUGCACGUACAGUCAGUGAAACUAUUCCCGUAUCUAUUCACCCCUGCUCAGGUGCGGCUCAAUUCAAUGAAAAGGAUGGUCAGGAUGUCGAAAUCUGAUAUGUGCGAUAGAUUCCUUCUUCAAGUCACGGACUUCAGUCUACUGGACAUAAAAAUAGCAGAAAGAAAGGAACAGCUGAAGGAAACUUCAACAACCAUCCAACCAUUCAUGGUAGCAGUAGGUCCACUCACAAGAAUCGAGGCAUAUUUCGUGGUACUUGAUUACCAAAAAUACUUGGUGAACGAUUGCAUUUCAGCUAUGGAUGCAGCCUUCAAGAUUUUCCAUGCACUCGAUCUACCAUAUCCGAUUGAGACCAAAAAUAUGUGGCAAACCAUUGAUCAUUUAGUUUACAAGGUUUCGAAUUUUCUGGAUCCGAGUGCUAGUUUCUACACCGAAUUCAAACCUUUCCCGAAACUGCGCAAGACUCGUUCCCUUGGAUCUGAGACACUUUCUGCCAGAGCUAGAUCCUCCAUUCGCAGCAGAACAUUCAUCACCAGCGGCCAGAGAGCGAUUCUGAGACAAAUUUACAUCGAGAACCCGUUUCCCGAUGUGGAAACCAAAGCUCAGCUGGUGCGAGACCUGGGCCUUCCAUAUAAGGUCAUCACAACUUGGUUCCAGAACACGAGGCACCGAGAUAUUCUGGAUAAAUAA